UAUAUCGACGGACUUAUUCCCACCUAAAAUGAACUUCGACCAGAUCCUCUCAGCAAUCGGAGGCUUUGGCAAAUAUCAGAAAACCCUGUACGUGUGGAUAUGUUUGCCCCAGAUCCUGCUCGCCUUCCACAUGAUGGCGAGCAUCUUCACCGGAGCCACGCCAGCGCAUCACUGCCGGAGCAGUCACAGAUCUUUGGCCGCGAAUCAGUCGUGGUUUCCAGAUUCACUUCAGCCGAACUUCAGCCUGUCCGACCGCUCGUGCUCCUCCGCCGACGGUCUGCUGCAACAGCUGCGGGGCAACAGGACUGAGCGCGUCCCCUGCGUCCACGGCUGGGUGUACAGCCGGGAGAUCUUCCAGAGCACCACUGUCACCGAGUGGGACUUGGUAUGCGACCAAGCGGGACUGAACAGCCUGGGUUCGUCCAUCUACAUGUUUGGCCUUUUAGUGGGGGCGGUGGUGUUUGGCGCCAUGGCUGACAGGUACGGCAGACGAUUCGUCCUGCUCCUGUCCAUCGCUGUUCAGACGGUGUUUGGAGUCGCCGUGGCCUUUGCACCGAACUUCCUCGUCUACGCGGCUCUGCGCUUUGUCGUUGGCGCCUCGAUAUCUGGAAUCAUCAUCAAUGCCUUCGUUCUUGGAACUGAAUGGACGUGCACUAAGAGGCGGAUGUUGGCUGGUAUCACCACAGACUUUGCCUUCGGUCUGGGCUACAUGCUGCUUGCAGGUGUAGCCUACCUGAUAAGGGACUGGAGAAGGUUGCAGCUGGCUAUAUCAGUCCCGGGGUUCCUCCUCAUCUUCUACAUAUGGGUGGUCCCUCACUCUGCUAGAUGGCUGUUAGCCAACAACAGAAGAGAGGAAGCCAUUGCUCUUCUCCGCAAGGCAGCACAUACGAAUGGCCGAGCUUUACCUUCAACUUCACUAAUUGAGAAGUGUGAGAUUUUAGGUGAAGAAAAGCAAAAUCGCUCCGUGGUGGCUCUCAUUCGUACGCCCCAAAUGAGAAAGCGGGCGAUUAUUUUGUUCUACAUUUGGUUUGUGAAUGUGCUGGUGUACUACGGCCUCUCGCUGGGCGUGUCCAGAUUAGGGACUAACCUCUAUCUGACCCAGUUCAUAUUCGGGUUGGUCGAAAUCCCGGCUCGUUCGUUGGUCCUGCUCAGUCUUCCAUUCAGUCGCAGACUCACGCAGAGCGGCUUCCUGGCGGUGGGAGGCCUAGCCUGCCUGCUAAUGCUAACCAUCCCUGCAAAUCAUCCUAAUGUCUAUGCCGGACUCGCCAUGGUCGGGAAGUUUGGAAUAACCGCCUCUUUCACUGCGAUUUACGUCUACACUGCAGAAAUAUUUCCCACCGUCUUACGGCAAACAGGAAUAGGCGUCUCCUCUAUGUUUGCUCGCGUGGGUGGCGUGUUAGCGCCCAUCAUCAAUAUGCUACAUACCCAAAGCCCGCUUACACCCCUGGUCAUCUUUGGGAUGUCGCCGCUGCUGGGCGCUGUCUUGGCUUUGGCUCUGCCAGAAACGGCAAACCGACCUCUGCCGGACACGGUGGAGGAUGUGGAAAACUGGGACAAGAGGUCUCCUUCCAAACAGGACAACCCUGAGAUGUUUAACCAGCUAGCCACCAACGCAGAGGAGCAAGAGCUACAACGACAGGCAGUGACUGUUUAAGCCAGGCAUGAGCAAACUACGGCCCGCGGGUUGAGGGUUUGAGACGUUCUCUAGAAUAGAAGGUCAGGAUCUGAUGAAACGAAAAGCAAAUCUAUGUCAGCUCAAGUGGAUGCAAUGAACUAGGUUUAGGUCUUUUAUAUGUAUUUACAAUGUAAUGUAGUUUUUGAAAGCAUGUUGAUCAUUGAAGGAACAUUUCGUCCCAUAUAUUUUAAUAUGGGCUCCUCUGACUGUUCACGUAUUCUCCGUAAGUUUUUACUGCAAUUUUUUUCAAUUUUGUACACAUUUGUGUUCAAGAUUUUUUCCAUAGACUGGCUGUAGCAUUUUUAUGAUGUCUUUAAGAAGCAACUUAUUCUCGUACUAAAUCUUAAUGCUCUCAAGAUGACCGAAUUAGCACAAGUUAGCUAAGACAAACCAGUACUUAAAAUGUCUAAUUUUAGACUUUGCCUGUAGCACUUUUUACUGUAAUUGUACUUUUUACAUAGAAAAUAUUAAUAUUGUUUGGCAUUAACAAAGUGAUAGUUGGAAU